AUGCCGCUCCCCUUUUACGACACUACCGUUGCCGUCUUUAUCAGACAGCUCAAGAAUCUCUCGGCCAUCCUCCAAAAGGCCGAGAAAUGGUGCGACGACAACGGAAAGCCGCACUCGGAGGUGCUCGAGGCCCGACUGGCCCCGGACAUGUACUCGCUGCCCUCGCAGAUCCGGCUCAGCGUGCGGUGGGCCCGCAACGGCGUGCUUUUGAACAAGAAUUACCACUUCAAGUCUUCGCAGACGAAGCCCGACGUUGAGCAUGUGUUUGCCGAGCUGCAGGCCAUCAUCCAGGAAGAGCUGGACUUCCUGCAGGCGGUCAAGCCCGAGGAUAUUGAGGGGGCCGAGAACAGGCCGCUUUCAGUCUGGACUUCUGGCGAGGAAGGCAAGGGUAUAGGCAUGAAGUUUGACGCUGGCCAUAAAUUGCUCACCCAGAUCGUCUUUCCCAACUUUUGGUUCCAUAUUUCGACUGCCUACGCCAUUUGCAGGAUGGCGGGUGUCCCCUUGGGCAAGCAGGACUUCGUCAUGGCUGCUGGUCCUAUUGACUGUGAGUUGGUGAUGCCUUAG